UCCCACUGCUGCCACUCUUCGUCGGACAAACGGAGUACACCAACCUACGCCUGCACGCUGCACAUUUUAAAACGAUUUUAUUUCUGGACUUGGCGGUUCACUUGGAUAUUGUUUUAAAUAUGUCGUACUGAAGAGCUGUUGUCAAAUUUAAGGUGCCAGGAAUUACUUGCAGGUCUUUCGUGACUGCAGCCCCAGCCUCUUGCACCAACCUUUGAAGUGGAGUGUUAACUGUUCUCUUGCCAAACCCAUUGUCCCUCCUGCAAAACUCAAAGCAUCUCUGGACGGGCUAAGUGAGACACAGACCCAGGAAAAGACCAAUAUAAAGGGUUGAAGAAUGGCCUGCUGAAGGAGAUGAUUUAGUCCUGUGUCUCAUUAGAAGGAUUAUCACACUUUAAAGGACCUAAACAUGGGAAACCAGUUAACAGAAAUUGCCCCAAACACCCCAUUUCUCCCCCACUUUCAGUCAUUACACAUAGUGGUGAUUGGUUUGGACUCUGCAGGGAAAACAGCUCUCCUCUACAGACUCAAGCUGCAGGAGUUUGUUGAGACCAUCCCCACCAAAGGGUUUAACAUGGAGCGGAUUAAAGUGACUAUGGGAAACUCCAAAACUAACGCUACCAUGCUCCAGGUUUGGGACGUAGGUGGUCAGGAAAAACUGAGGCCCCUCUGGAAGUCGUACACCAGGAGGACGGAUGGGCUAGUGUUUGUGGUGGAUGCAGCUGAGACGGAACGCAUGGAGGAGGCGAAGGUGGAGCUCAACAGGAUCACUCGAUCAGCAGAGAACCAGGGGGUACCUGUGCUGGUCCUGGCUAACAAACAGGACCUUGUUGGAGCCAUGUCAGCUUCAGAGGUUGAGAAGGCGCUCGGCCUCCAUGAGCUGAGCUCAAACACGUUGCACCACACGCAGGGCUGCUCUGCUCUAGACGGUCAAGGCCUUCAGCCUGGCUUGGAAAACCUUUACGAGAUGAUCUUGAAGAGGAAGAAGAUGCUCCGACACAGCAAGAAGAAGAGAUGAGGGGAUCGCAGUGAUGCCAGGCGACAGAAGUGACUUUGAACCACUCCUUGUCUGAGGAUCUUCUCAGCAGUCAGGGACACUUCCAAACUUCAAUAGAUGGUACCAGAAGGAAACUAGCCCUGGGUGUCUUGGUGUCAUCUAAGGAAUGGAAGUUUGAGCAAAAUGUUAACACCUUCACUUGGUAGACAUUAGACACGAUUCCUAUGGAUGAUGGUCCUCCUGGGCACUCUUUGCUCUCCUCAUCUCACAUCCUGAACGGAGCGCAUUCUCGAGGCAUACAGCUCAGGAGAGCACAACAAAAAAAACCUGUGCAAUAUACGAUGAACACUUUGCUGCACUCACUCCAAUAUUGAAGGAUUUUUUUGUAGGACUUUUAGAGAAGACUGUACUUCCAACAGAAACCUGCAGGCGUGGCCUGAGCACACUUCUUGUUCCUUUCACUACGUUUUGAUGUCACACUUAACUCUAAAUCUUUAUGUUGCAUGAUGUUCACCCAAUUCUUUGCUUGGGAAUAUUAAGACAACACUUUUUGGGGUCCAAAGAGGAUUAUUGUGGGUGACAAUAAGCCCACAAUUCAAUUCAGUCUCCACUAGGACUACACAGAGCAGCACGACAAACUGAAACACAGACGCUUCUGAUUACAGCCAUGAAAGUUUUGACUGUCCUUCUUUACCAAAGUUUUUUGCUUGUCUUAGUUUGGUUCUUCAGGGUUGGCUGAAUGGUUUAUUGGUUGGUUGCCAGUUUAAGCGUUUCAUCUUUGUGUAGAUUUUGUUUUGUAAAUGUCAAGAAUAAAUUAUUGAGCAAAGAGUUUGCUAUAUUUUCACGA